CCAUGAGUACACACCCUUGGCUUCCAAGUCACCAUAGUUUGCUUUAUAUAGCACCUACAUCUCAUAGAACAUUAAACAACAAUGGCAAACCCAAUAAGCCAAAUCUCAAUUGAAGAAAUUUGCAAGCAAAUUCAUGGUUCUUUAGGGAAUUCUAGCCUUCUUGUUCAGGUUUUCGCAUGCCAAUUAACGCCGCAUGAAUGCCAAAGGACCCGAGAAAAGUACAUGGAGAUGUAUGGAGAAGAUUUAUUUGAUCGUUUACAAAACAAGAUUUAUGGUCACACAUCAAGAGCGUGCACGAUCUUGUCAUUGUUGAUGCUUAAUCCGCAUGAACGCGAUGCUAUCGUGGCCCAAAAGGCCAUUUUUAAGGACAAGGAUGGUGUCAACUACAAGGCCCUCAUAGAGAUUUAUGUUGGUAAGAAAUCAAGCCAUUUUUUCCUCAUCCAACAAGCUUAUCAAAGUAAAUUUAGAAGGCAUUUGGAUCAAGACAUUAUGAGUAUUGAACCCCCACAUUCAUACCAAAAGAUAUUAAUGGCAUUGAGUGCAUCACAAAAAGCUCAUAGUACAGAUGUUAGUGUACACAUUGGCAAGUGUGAUGCACAAAGGCUAUUUCAAACAAGAGAAGCAAGAUGUGGGGGGUUCAAGAUUGAUGAAGGAGUUGUGCUUGAAAUAUUAAGUAAAAGGAGCAUUCCACAACUCAAGUUUACUCUCUCAAUCUAUAAGCAUAUUUAUGGACAUAGUUAUACAAAGGAUUUAAAAAAUGAAUAUGGUGGGGAGUUUGAAGAUGCAUUGAAAUUUGUGGUGAAAUUCCUAAACAAUCCACCAAAAUAUCAUGCAAAGGCACUAGAAGCAAUCAUCAAAGGAAGAACAAAGGAUGAGGGAAACUUGGAACGUAUAAUUGUGAGUCAAAGUGAGAACGAUAUGAAUAAAAUAAGAAUAUAUUACAAGAACAUGUAUGGGAUGGAUCUCAAAGAUGCCAUAUUGGAGAGCUUUCCACUUGGGGAUUUUAGAGAUUUGCUCCUUGCAUUCACUAUGAAAUCUAAUAUUGAUUCAUGACUAGUUCUCUAGGUGAAAUUUUGUCAUCUCAAAUUACUACACGCGGAGUAAAUAUCAUUUGAUUAUACUCGUAUAUGUAUCGCGCAAUAAAAACUGAGGCUUUAUUUAAAAA